UUUGUGAAUAUUUUGGGUAUAUAUUUGUGAAAAUAUAUAUAUAAAUAUGGAAUCCUAUCCUGUUUCUCAAAAAGAUGUGAAAUCUAGCUAUAAAUUACAAAAAGAGACAUUUAUGAGUGGUCAUACAGGUCAAUCUAUGAUAGAAAUUUGUCUUCAUAUGUCAAUUAUUGUAUUUAUGCAUGUUUUUUCAGCAGCUCUUAGAUCUCGGCGUGUUAAUGAAGGUUAUGAAAUUCUCACAUUUUUGAUUGAAUUUGGGAUUUAUUAUAUAAUUCCCUUAUUCUUUGUUACUAUUUUUUCAUCACAUUUAUUUUUUUUAGCAAUAAUACUAUUAAUUCCUAUACCUUUUAUAUGGCGUUAUCCUAAAGCCUUCAAAACAGGGAAAAAUCUAACUCGGAAAGUGAGAAAAGGGCUUAAAAAUCCUCUAAAUAAUAACAAUAUUGUUAAUAAUGGGGAAUUGAGAUCAUAUAUUACAAUUCAUCGUGCUGCAGUUAUGUUAAUAACAUGCUUGUCAAUCCUUGCUGUAGAUUUUAGAAUAUUUCCACGGAAAUUUGCAAAAGUAGAGACAUGGGGAAUAUCAUUGAUGGAUCUUGGAGUAGGAUUUUUUGUUUUUUCAUCUGGUGUUGUAGCAAUUAAGAGCAUAAAAAAGAAUUAUGAAAAGAAAACUAUUUCUUUUUCAAAAAAGCUUGUUUUAUGUUUUAAACAAUCGUAUAUGUUUUUUGUUAUUGGCUUUAUUAGAAUAUUGAUUACUAAGGCAAGCGAUUAUCCCGAACAUGUUACUGAAUAUGGUGUUCAUUGGAAUUUUUUCUUUACAUUGGGAUUUCUUUCUUUAUCUCUUGUUUUUUUACAAUUUUUGCGUCAAUAUUUAAAAUCAUAUCUUGUUAUUAUAGCAUUGUUAUUAAUCUGUAAUGAAUCGUUGACACGGAAAGAGCAUGUUCUUACAUAUGUUUUAAAUGCUUCAAGAACCAAUUUAAUUUCUUCGAAUAAAGAAGGUUUAUUUUCAUUUAUAGGCUAUUUAACUAUAUAUUUAGCUGGGAUACAUAUUGGUGAACAUAUAUUUUAUAGAAGUCUACCUUCAAAGAAAGAUAAAUCAAUAACUAUUUAUCAAUAUAAGACGACUUUAAAGAUGUUUUUAUAUUCUAUUUUAUAUUUUAUUGUAUAUUUCUAUUUUCUUUUUUUCGGGAAAUAUCCCAUAUCAAGAAGAUUGGCUAAUUUACCUUAUGUAUCCUUAGUAUCAGCAUGUGGUUGCGGUGCUAUAGGAUGUAAUAUGCUUAUUGAAUUUAUUUUUUAUGGAUUAUCAUCAAAAUACACAGAUACAGUGCCAUUAUUACUUCAUUCUGUUAAUAAACAUGGGUUAAUUGUCUUUUUGACUGCAAAUAUAAUAACAGGAUUAGUAAAUUCAUUAAUAAAUACACUUGAAGUUAGCAAUAUAGUUGGAUUUCUAAUUCUACUCAUUCAUGGCAUAAUUAUUUCAGGACUUGCUCUUAUAGCAGAAUUUAAAAAUUGGUCAUUAAAAUUUUAAAUAUGAUUCUAUACUAUCUAUAUAACAAUAGUCAACCAAUUUGGGAAAACUAAUUCUCUUUCUAUGAUUUUUCUAAAUUGCUCUAACAAAAAUGCUUCGAUUUUUCCAACAUUUUUAAGUAUUUUUUCUCUUUUUGUUCAUCAUCAAUCAGGCAAAAAUGAAAACGUUUAUUAACAUAGGCUAAAAUUCCAAUCGCUUCAAAUGAUAGUCCUGUUAGUGUAAUUUUGACGGGAAGAGUAAUAAACAUCGUUGAAUGAUAAUUCAAAUGCAAUUCAGCUGUAAUUUCUAUUCUUAUAUCUCCUUCAUAUGCAAUUCGAAACCUUAUUUGAAAAUCUUCAUUAAAAUCCGUAUUUUGAGAUUCCUUAUUGUUUUUAGCUUGAGUAGUAACCGGUGAGAUAUUUGAAGAAAAUGCUAUUUGGAUAUUUUGAUUAAUUGGCGAAAUAAUUUCUUCGUUUUUAUAUGAUGAUUGAUAAUGACUAUUUAACAAAUGAGUUCCAACCCAAUGUGGUGUAGAUAGCCCUGAUACCGAGACAAUAUUCCCCGAUGAGCCUGAAAACGUUGAUUGAAAAAAAGGAAGACAAUUUGUACCAACAUUUGAUUUCGAUGAUUUAUGAGACGUAAUAGGUGAAUCAUGCAUCAAUAAAUUCGUAAGAUCUUGUAUUUGAAAUUGAGGAAAUCCCGUUUCAACAUAUGGUGGAGGUUGUGAUGUUGUUGAUGCUACAUCUGAUUCAUCAACAGAAACAUCUGUAUCUUGCUCAUUCUUCUCAUCCUCCUCCUCCUUCAUAUUCUGACAAUGCUUUGUAAUUCCCUCCCCUAAUUCAUUAUGAUUUGAUUCCAUAUCCUCAUAAAAAUAUGGAUAUGGAUCUUCUAUAUUUUCAAUAUCAACUACCGGAGCAACCGUUCCAAAAUCAAAAUAUUCAACAUUAACAUUCUUUAAAUAUGAUGAAUGAAAGAUCUUUUGAAACUGUUCAUUAAGAAAAUCUUUCAUUUUAUGUGUAAAUUCUUCAUCUAAUUUUGACCAAUCAAACUCCAUUUUUGACACAAAAAAAACAAC